AUGGACACCCAAAGAGACGUGGAGGAAACCAAGGACAGUCCUGGGGCAGCAGAUCGAGUGUAUGGGGCUCGCAGGGAUCUCAUCAACGGGUUAAGUGAAGCCUCUCUGAAAGGUGUACUGGAUGGCCUUCAGCAGGGCAUCUCUGGCAGGCCUGCUGUGAUCGGCAUGUGGGAGAGAAAUGAGGUUCUACAACAACACCGUGUGACUCAGGACCAAGUGAGCAGCUAUUUCACUGACUUUCUUACAGACCAACAGCCAGGGUUACCAAAACUUAAAAAAUGGAUUGUCUCACAAUACAAGACAGUGAAAGAAUAUAAUUCCCUAGCAGGACAGGAUGUCUUGCUGACUGAUCGCUACACUCAGCUGUUGAUCAUUGAGAAACACAGACAGCAGGAAGAGAGAGAGAAGGAGAUGCGUACCAGUGGAGCAGGGUUCUUUGGUGCCAGACAGAAGGAAUAUAAAAGUAUCUCUGUGGACCAGCUCUUUAAGCCCAAUGACCGUGGAGAUGUUCCAAAAGCAGUUAUUCUCCAGGGCAACUCUGGACACGGCAAAUCCUUUACUGCUCGGAAGAUCAUGUUGGACUGGGCAUCAGGAAGCCUCUACCAGGAUCCCUUUGAGCUCGUUAUACACCUCAGCUGCAAGGAACUCAACCUUCUAUGCAAAGAAGGGGAACAGAGUGUUUUAGAUCUUGUGAAUGUUGAUGGGAAAUGUAUCUCACUGGUCCAGAAGAAACUGGAGGAAUCACCAGAGAAGGUGCUUCUCCUUAUUGAUGGAUUUGAUGAGCUGCAAUUUCCAGUGAGUGAACUCCGCAAGUCUCCUGUGAAAGACCUUACCACACCAGCUCCUGUUGAUGCCAUUUUGGGCGCUCUGCUGAAGGGGCGCAUCCUAUCUGAGUGCCACCUGCUGGUCACCACCAGGCCUACUGCUACAGACAAACUUAACAAGCUCCUCAAACGUCCUGUGCGCUGCACUGAGAUCCUGGGCUUCUCUGAGGAGGGCGUGCAUGACUACUUCAAGAGUUUCUGUGAAGAUGAGUUCUGGGAGAAGGCACUUGGCAGAGUGAAGGAAAAUGAAACUCUCUACACCUCCUGCUUCAUUCCUGUCAUCUGCUGGAUUGUCUGCACUGUAUUUCGAGUAGAAGUGGCUACUGGUUUGGAAACAACCACCGCCAUAUUUGUCCGCUUUGUGAAAAUUUUGCUUGAUGAGCACUGUCAGGGUUUGGGGCAGCCUGUGCCAGAUCUACUAUUGAGCCUUGGCCAGCUGGCAGAGAGUGGGAUACAGAGGCAGCAGGUACUGUUCGACAAGGAGAGUGUGGAGGCCACAGUCUCAGAUCCUACCAGUUUUCCCUUCUUGUGUAAAUUCCUGCUGAAGGAGACCGGGGAAAAGAAGGAAAUGUUCAGUUUCAUGCAUCUGAGCUUUCAGGAGUUCUUUGCUGCACUCCACUACCGGUACACAUCGGAAGAGCAUCAAGGGAAUGUCAAAGAGAUGCUAGAAUCAGUUGAGCAACAGGAAGACAGAACCCAUCUCCUACCUGUCAUUCAGUUCCUCUUUGGUCUUUCAAAAGUGAAGGUGAUGCAAGAUCUGAAGCAACGUGGGUUGACCUCCAAUCUCUCUUUAGAAGCAUGUCUGAAAGAGUGGAUGGUUAAACGCAUUGAAAAUAAUUCUAAGAAAGAUGCGAUGAUGCUCUUCACUCUCCACUGUCUCUACGAGCUCCAUGAGGACGAGUUUGUGAGGACAGCCAUGGCGGUGUGGGAUAAGGUGAAGUUUAACUCCAUCCCCUUGACAAGAGCAGACUGCUGGGUGCUGCUGUACUGCCUGCAGUGCUGCUCCACCAUCCCAAGCCUGACACUCUCAAAGUGCAAUAUCACACCAGAUAAAUUGAGAAUGCUGCAGCCUGCAUUGAGCAAAUGUCAGGAGCUGGGUGUGUAUGACAGCAGCCUGUCAGAUGAGAGUGUGCAGCAGAUCCUCACUGCUGUCUCCAAGCAGAAGAGUGUGGGUAGAGUUAGCCUCACUGUGAAGACCAUCACCCUCAUCACCGCAGAAUGUCUUCUCAACUUCAUGAAGAGCACACCUACUGAAGAGUUUGUGGGGUAA